AUGAGGAACACCCCCUUGGGUCUGCUCCUCCUCGUCUGUGUCGCCGUGUUGCACGCAGAUGCAUCGCAAGAGGCUCGGCUCAGAAGGUUCAUCCGGUCUAGACGGAGCAGUAGCAAUGCCAACAACAUAGAUGAACCAAGGGUAGGAAUCACUACCACUACCCGUAGCCCUACAGAGUACUAUGUCCAUGACCUGGCCAAUUUGAAGGCCGCCGAUAAGAUCCAUGUGCUGCCGGGGCAGCCUAGCGGCACCAUCGGCUUAAAUCAGUACGGCGGGUACGUGACCGUCCACGAGAAGAACGGCCGAGCGCUCUUCUACUACUUCGUCGAGGCAGCCAGCGACGCGGCCGCGAAGCCACUCCUCCUGUGGCUUAACGGAGGUCCUGGCUGCUCAUCGCUUGGCUACGGAGCGAUGAUGGAGGUGGGCCCGUUCCGCGUGAACAAGGACAAUAGAACUCUCAGCGAAAACCUGCAUACCUGGACCAAAGUGGCCAACGUGCUCUUCCUGGAAUCGCCUGUCGGCGUCGGGUUUUCGUACUCCAACACGACCUCCGAAUAUGACUCGAGCGGGGACAAGAGGACGGCCAACGAUGCGUUUGUCUUCCUUCUCAACUGGCUCAAGAGGUUCCCAGAGUACAAAGGCCGCCCCUUCUACAUCUCCGGGGAGAGUUACGCCGGCCACUAUGUGCCCCAGCUCGCAGCCACCAUCCUCAUCCACAAUCUCAACAGCAGUACAAGAACUUCCAUAAACCUACGGGGUAUCCUGGUCGGCAAUCCGUACCUUGAUGCCAAUAUGAACAAUAAGGGGAAAGUUGACUAUCAGUGGAGCCACGGAUUGAUAUCAAAUGAGGUGCGGGCCAAUAUCACCGAGAACUGCCAUUUAGACAAGCCAGGUUACACAGCAUGCGUUGAAGAUAUGAUCCAUGGCCCUCAUGCUAACAUCGAUCCGUACGACGUAUAUGAACCGGUUUGCCUGGAAGGGCCAAUUGAAACACGGUACCACAGCCGCUAUAUACCGAGGUCGUAUGAUAUCUGCAGCGAUCGUUACGUAUACGUGUACCUCAAUGAUCCUCGGGUGCAAAAGGCUUUGCAUGCUAGAUCGCAAGAGUGGCAACUCUGCUCCUCACUUAAUUGGAUGGAUGCACCGGCCUCGAUGGUGCCGACGCUCAAAUGGCUAAUAGAGCACCACCUGCCCGUGUGGCUGUACAGCGGCGACUUUGACUCCGUAUGCCCGUUCAUCGCCACGAGUUACACCAUCAAGGACCUUGGCCUCGACGUCACGGAGCAAUGGCGCCCGUGGAUAGUAAAGGAUGAGACUGGAGGGUUCGUUCAGGGAUACACGGGUGGGUUGGUGUUUGCAACUGUGAGGGCAGCCGGGCACGCGGUCCCGUCGUACCAGCCCGAGGCAGCGCUCAUGCUGGUCAGCUCCUUCCUGAAUGGAACGCUUCCCCCGCGUGAUGAGGGUGCAUGA